AUGGCACAUAGGUCAUAUCACUCUUGGUCAUAUGAAUCCAGAGAUAAUAGAACUGGAAGCAUACAGGAAAGUGAGCAGAAGAGGCCGAGGAAGAGGCUUUCAAAAAACGUCCCGUGCUGUCUUUUUAUUUUGUUCAUUCUCCUUGCCUUCUCGACUUCUGCUUCUCUCUUAACGUUCAGUGCUUUCCCAGAAUUUAAAACAAAAAGUAAGCAGGUAGACUUAGGAGACAUCUCUGAAGGUCUAAACAGCUUUGAAGUAAUUGCAAUAGAUAACAAUGUGUCAACAGUUGAACUAACACUGAUUCCGCCACCUCAUGAUGAUGUCCAAGUGAACAUUUUGACUUCUUCAACUUUGCCACCCUUAUCUUUUACCACUUUAAAGGAAAAUCUUCAGAUUUCACCAUUAACAAAAGGGCACUUUCGGACCGGCUGUAAUAUUCUGUCAUUUGAUCAGCCAAUUUACCUUCAACGUGGUUCUUCAUUGAAGUAUAAUAUUACCAGUUCUAAUCAUGAGGUAAUUAAUCAAUUAUGUUACUUUAGUAAUACCUCUGAUUACAUAACAUUUUUGGUCGAUUAUACAUUUAAAUAUGUCUCCAAAUUUUGUUUCAAUGUUUCUGGUAAUGCUAUUAUUGACAUUACUAUAAAUGAUGCCUCUCCAUAUUAUGUUGCAAUCGAUAUUGGUGACAAUACUAACAUUUCUCUUGAUAUAACAGCAAUUCGCUUUUAUUACAACACCACAAUGCUGCAGGACUUAUCAUCACAAUGUUCAUUAAAUGAAAGCUUCAAUUUUUCAUGCAUCAUAAAGAUUUGUGAUGGAUAUCUGUGUGACCCCACCAAAAACAGAUACGUGAUUGUUGAAACCUCUCAUCACAAUAUAGUGCUGAAAUAUGAUGCUCACAGUACAUUUUAUUUCAAACCAACAGUUCGUCUUAUACUUUUCUCAUGCGCCGUGUUUCUCGAAUUGAUUGCUGUUGCUAUAGCUUUGACAAUGGUUUACAAAUUAUGUAAGAAAAGAGGACCACAAACUGAGCCAAAAUGUACCUGUAAAGGUAAGGCUACUUCAACAAGAUUCAUAGUUUCACAUUUCAUAGGGCAAGCCUGA